AUGUCUGACCAAAUCGAGGCUGUUGCCACCGCCUUCGCCGCCGUCACCACCGACGAUGCCCCUGCCCCUGCCCCUGCCCCUGCCGCCGAGGAGGAUAUAUUCCGCCGUCCGCAAGCCUUGCCGACUAACAGUCCAGUCGACCUCUCCUACCGUGACGGUUGGGAAGACGACGAGGAGGAUCCGAAAGGCGUCAUCGACAGAAACAACCGUGGCUGGCAUGCUGUCGAGGACUAUUGGAAAGAAAGAGGCUACCCGUGCCUAAAGAUCGUCGAAGAUGAAUUCGGAAACCAUCAAUUUGAACCCGUGUUGUGUCUACCGCCAUCGGCAAAGAACUGUCCCGCAACAGCAGCUGAGGCAGAGACCGAGUUCCUGGUUAUGGAGAAGGUCAUUGGACCGGCUAUGAAAGAUACAGGUGGGCCAGCAGACGCCCUCGUAAAACAUCAUUUGGCCGGGAAAGAUCCUGCUGCGAUUAAGCGCUACACCAUCACUGUCCCAAGAGACAAAGUGGAGGAGCAUCUGGAGGCUGGUUGGAAGUUGAAGUUUGGUGUACCAUGUGUCUACGCCGGGAACGAUAAAUAUCGCGAUGACAGAGCACGGCCGGAGGUGAAGCCGAAGGAUUCGGUGGCUCGCAAGACGAAACUGAGCAAGUGA